AUGAUCCGUUGUCAGAAACCGCUCUCAAAGAAUCUUUGCACUCCAAAAUUUAUCGAAUUUUUUGUCUCACGACACCUGCAGACAAAGUCCAGUCAUGAGAACUACUAUCAAAUACGAAAGAACAAUGGAGAAACAGAAGAAGAAGGGCGCAUACACCUUCUCAAAAGCAGAGGACAGCACCUAUUAACGAACCCUCGAGUCCUCGACUCCAUUGUUCGAACGUCUAGCAUAAAACCAGAUGACACCGUUUUGGAAAUAGGGCCUGGAACCGGAAAUCUCACUCUCAAGCUUCUUGAAGUAGCCAAGAAAGUCGUAGCAGUCGAGAUUGACAAGCGCAUGGUGGAGAUUCUUUGUAAACGCGCGGCUGAAGGAGGGCUCCAGGAUCGCUUGAAUGUUAUCUGCAGCGAUGCAUUGAAGACCGAGUUUCCGGAGUUCAAUCUCGUUGUGGCAAAUAUUCCAUACGGCAUAUCUUCACCCCUGUUGGCUAAGUUGGUUUUUGGGGCGAAGCUGAACCCAUUUAGGAGUGCAACACUUUUGCUUCAAAAAGAGUUUGCAAGGAGGCUAUUGGCAAAGCCAGGUGAUUCUGAAUUUAAUAGAUUAGCCGUGAAUGUGAAGCUGCUGGCUGAAGUGGAAUUCGUAAGGGAUGUGAGCAAGAACGACUUUCUACCACGUCCAAAGGUAGAUUCUUCAGUGGUCAAAGUCUAUCCAAAAAAUGUGAUUCCAGACGUCAAUCUUGAGGAAUGGUGGGCAUUUACGAGGACUUGCUUUAGUAAGAAGAACAAGACGCUAGGCGCAACGUUUAAGCAAAAGAGGAAGUUAAUGGAAUUAAUGAAGUUGUCAAAGGCACAAGGGCUUUGUGAAGAUAGCAGGCACUGCCAUACUUAUGAUAACUAUGAAAACGCAGAUGAAGAGAGGGUGAGAGGUGAAGGGAACUCUGAUUUGUCUUCUGCGUCUGGAGUGUGCAUGAGCUUGUUCAGAGAUAAAACAAUUAGCAUUUUGGAAUCUGGUGGAUUUGCAAAUAAGAGACCUUCAAAAUUGUCUAACAACGAACUCCUGCAAAUAUUGUGUUCAUUCAAUCAAUCUGGGAUAUAUUUUCAUGAUAAGACAAAGCCCGAGGUUGCAAGUGAUGCUGCUUAUGAUAAUCUGUUAUAA